ACCUAGGUGACACUUUCUGCCUGAAGCUGGGGUAGCAUGGACCUCACUCUGGUGUGGAUGCUCCUACCCCUGAUCCCCAUGGCCUGGAGCCAGUACGGGGACUACGGGUACCCCUACCAGCCCUACCAGCAGUACCAUGACUACGGCGAUGAGGGCUGGGUCAACCUCCACAGGCAGGGUUUCAGCUUCCAGUGUCCCCAUGGCCAGGUCGUAGUGGCUGUGCGGAGUGUCUUUAACAAGAAGGAGGGCUCUGACCGACAGUGGAACUAUGAGUGUGUGCCUACGCCCCAGAGCCUUGGGGAGCCUACUGAGUGCUGGUGGGAAGAGAUCAACAGGGCCGGCAUGCAAUGGUAUCAGACAUGCUCCAACAAUGGCCUGGUGGCUGGGUUUCAGAGUCGCUACUUUGAGUCAGUGCUGGAUAGAGAGUGGCAAUUUUACUGCUGUCGCUACAGCAAGAGGUGCCCGUAUUCCUGCUGGCUGACAACAGAGUACCCCGGGCACUAUGGUGAGGAGAUGGACAUGGUUAACUACAGCUAUGACUAUUAUAUCCGAGGAGCAACCACCACCUUCUCUGCAGUGGAACGGGACCGCCAGUGGAAGUUCAUCAUGUGCCAAAUGACCAGCUAUGACUGUGAAUUUGAAAACGUCUAGAUCUGCCACAUGCUGGAGCUGGAGUCUCAGAGGCUGUGUGCCCCAUUAGUUUUGGCUUGUUCCUUUCCUCCAGGACUGGUGGGAGCUGUUCUGUUAGUCUCUGAGGCUUCUCUGAGCAAUGUACACUCAUAAUAAAGCACAGAGGCUCUAUCUUUCUCACCUUCACAUUCCACACCAAUAGUCUGGAACCUACAAUUUUUUUUCUCCUUCCUCUGUCCUUUUUUUCUUUCUUCCUUCUUUUCUUCCUCCUUCCUUACUUCUGCCCUUCUUUCCUUCUUCCUUCCUCCUGAUUUAUUUUCUUUCUUCCUCUUUCCUGCCUUCUUUCCUUCCUAGGAAAUGUACAGCACUGCUAAACUGCCUUCCAGUCCAACUUUUAUUCUAUAUUUUUAGAAACACCAAAGCAUCACUCCUCUGUCAUUGGAGUCCCCUUAUCUCUGUCCAUGAAACUCCCCUGUGGUACAGAGGUCAAGCCCAGGGUCUCUCACAUGGAAGACAUGUACUUUACCAUGUGCUGAGCCAAUCCUCAGGACCCCAACACUGGCUUUCUUGUAUACACACAGAGAGAGAGUGUGAGCUCACAGCCUGAACAAAGCUGCUUCCUGAAGCACCAUCCCAGCUUAGCUAUAGCUAUACUUUUACUGCAAAAUGAACCUCAAAUCUAGAGUUAAGCAAAAACUAGAAAGAGGUUGGGUUGUGGAGAAAGGGCCUGGAAUCAAUGGAGGGAGCAGGAAUGUAUUUCCAUAGUGUUGUAUGUUUGAGAAAAACAGGAGCUUUACUGAUAUCUGAGGGGACCUGACUCCAUCUCCCUCCUGGAAGCCUUGCUCUUCUAGAAGUCACUAAUUCACUCAUUCAAGAAGUGAGAAGAUGGGAUGAUUUGGGAGAUGGGAGGGACUGGUAACAAAUCUGAAAGAUUUAGAGUUGAAGAAUUUUAUAAAAUAGGAAGAAGCUAUUAGCACACUUGUUAUGGGAAAGGAUGGGAAGAAGGGAUUAAUCUAGCAGGCUCUGGUUAGAUAAAAGCAAACAGGAGAGAAGCCCUUGAAAAGUGAGGGGCAAAGGGGUCAGGUCACUUUGGGAAGGGUCACUGGCCCCUAGAGAUAUGGCAGGCCUCUUGCAAAGGCCAAAUGGGCCCAGAGUAGGGAGCUUCUAGAACACAGACUGAAUUGGUCUCAUAUUCCUUCUGCAUAUCAUUUAGGGGUAUCUUUUUCAGAGCUUUCCUCCAUCCUAUGGUUUCUCUGCCCCAGCCCUUUGUAUUCUAUCAUAAAGGGAAUAAAAUAUUAUGCAAGCAUCAA